AUGUCGCCAAAGGUCUUGAGAUUACCCAAACGAAAGCCCUUGCCUGUUGAAGCGAUCAAGCCAGAAUAUUACUUUGAAGAUGGUCUUCGCAAAAUUAAGCCUUACCAACAGACUUAUCUCGCCCAUGUGAAACUUCGUUGGCAUAAUCGUACAGUACCUGAAGUUUUUGCAUCGGAAAUGCCUCGCAGAUGCACAAAUAACAUGAUCAUAGCCGCGAUGAAGCGUGGUGAUGUGCUUGUCAACGAUAAAGUCAUCGCUCCGGAUUACGUUCUAAAAGGCGGGGAGAGCCUCCGAUCUCUCAACUGCCAUCGUCAUGAACCGCCUGUCCCGGAUUCGCCUAUCCGUAUUAUUGAAAAUACAAAGGAUUAUGUGGUGUUUGAUAAGCCUCAUGGUAUUACUGUCCACCCUAAUGAACUCUGUUUCUACAACACGGCAUUGGAAAUCCUUCGGCGCGAUCAUGAUAUCCCAAAUUACAUGCAUGCCGUCAACCGCUUAGAUGCCGUGACUUCCGGUGUCGUAAUAUUUGCUAACAUGGCUGAUUCGAAUGUCAGAAAAAGGUUCCAGUCAUCUGACUUAGAUCCUAAGAAUGGAUCAAAUACACUUAUAGAAAAGGAAUAUGUUUGUAGGGUCGAAGGCGAAUUUCCAAAGAAUCCUAUAAUUGUCAGGGAACCUAUCCUCCAGCGAGCAGGCAAAGUUUCCAUUGAUCUGGCUGGUAAGCCUUCAGAGACACGCUUCGAACGGAAGUGGUAUGAUGCGGCAUCUAACACAAGUUUGAUUUCCUGCUUGCUUGCGACAGGACGGCAGCAUCAAAUUCGACUUCAUGUUGCUCAUUUAGGGCAUCCAAUUGUCAAUGACAGACUUUACAAUCCUAAAUACAAAACCGACAUGGGACUCGAGAACGAAAAUGCUGUUAUUUUGGCUACCGAGGAAACACGUUUCUAUCCCUGUAUUAUUCCACCAGAAUUACAGCCCUAUAUGCCCUACUACAUAUCUCCAGAGACACCAUGCCACAAAUGCAUAGAAGAGGAAAAAGGCCUUAAUUUACCUAAUCCACGUAGCAUGAAAAUCUGGUUACGAGCUAUAAGAUAUCAAGGACCUGACUGGAAGUUUGAAGUUGAUAUGCCAGAUUGGGCUGACCCAACUAUUCUUGAAUAA